AUGGAGGGAACGCUAAGUUUUGUCAGUGGUUUUGCACCUGCGGUAUAUCGACGCGAGUUGUUUCGACACCGGUGUGUAACAACGGCGCCAGAAGCGCGCGCUUGGCCGCGGCUUGGUCUUCUCCGUGCCAACAGCGGUGCCCGGCUUUCUCGCGUGGACAUCACACCCGAGAUCUAUAAACGCCUUGUAAGUAUGGCUAAAAGGACUGAAGGGAAUUUUUCGGCGGUCGCUGGCGCGAUCCUCGAGAGCUACCUGACCGCUGCCACGAACCGGGACUUGCGGGCCGUCAUCUUCGAUAUGGACGGUGUCUUGUGCGACUCGGAGAGGCUCAGUCGUGCCGCUGGUGUAGAAUAUUUUCGAAGAUACCACGGGGUAUGGCCUACAGAGAAGGAUUUCGCGGAUUUCGCGGGUACCGGCGAGGCAGCUUUCCUCAGUGGCGUUGCCCGCCGCUACAGCGUCAAAGACUUUGACGUCAAUAAGGCAAAGGAGGGUUUCUUCAACAUCUACGUCAAUGAAUACGUUUCAGCGUUGGAGCCCUUUGAAGGGGUACGUGAGUUCAUUCAGCAGAUCAAGACGAUGGGUUUGAAAACCGCACUAGCGUCGUCAGCGGACGCUAUCAAAGUCCACGCAAACUUGUCGGCGAUCGGAUUCGAGCGUGAUAUGUUCGACUUUGUGACUCGUUCGGAUGAAAUUGCGAACAAAAAGCCCGCACCGGAUAUAUUUCUUGCUGCGGCUGAGGGGCUUGGGGUUCCACCUGAAUCCUGUGUCGUCAUUGAAGAUGCACCAGCUGGUGUUUUGGCCGCAAAACGCGCCAGAAUGCGCUGUGUUGCUGUCGCGACCUCCGUAAGUGCACAGUUGCUCUGGGAUGCUGGUGCGGACAUUGUGCGUCCUGCUCCACAGUAUAUCAUGUUGGAUGAUAUCGUCAUCACGGAUGAUGCGGAUGCGUCAGCACCUGCUUCCGCGUCGCAGGAGUAA